AUGCCAGGUUCUUAUUUCGGAACAUAUGGAUUAGGUCCUUAUCCAAAUAUAGGCUAUGGGCAAGGCUUUAUUGGCUCAGGAACUAAUUGGUACCCAAUAAGUAAUAAUUGGUAUAUGCCAGGUAAUCAAGCAUAUCCGUACAACUACCAAUUCGGCUAUCAUCCACAACAAUAUCCAUAUCUAUCAAACUAUGGCUAUAUGAAUUGGCCUAGUACUUAUAGUACCGGGCAAUCUGGAACUUUCGGGUUUCGUUAUCAAGAUUGGCCUCGACUUCUAGCUUAUAUUGGUCAAUCUUAUGUACCAUCAAAUGAGUGGUUACCGUUGCCUGGAGUCAAUCGUCGUAGACAAUCACGCCAAAGAUCUAUAGUUCCUAACACGAAUGAUAAUCGUGCUCUCUCCACGAGAAAAUAA